UUUUUAUUUUACUUUUUUUUUUUUGAUUUUUUUCUUCUGUUUUUUCGUUGUGUGGUACAAUCAGCGACUCAGUCAAGCAACAAUGGAGCAAACAAACACACAACAACAGGAGCGCAUGUUCGAGCCGACCGAGAACGGCGGCAAGCGCCUCAUGAUCACCAAGAUGGUUCUCGAGAACUUCAAAUCGUAUGCGGGCGUUCAAGAGAUUGGCCCGUUCCACAAGAGCUUCUCAUCGGUCGUCGGCCCGAACGGCAGCGGCAAGUCCAACGUCAUUGACGCCAUGCUCUUCGUCUUUGCCUUCCGUGCCAACCGCCUCCGUCAAAAGAACGUGUCGGAGCUCAUUCACAACUCGACCAACCACAAGGACUUGAAGUACUGCCGCGUUUCAGUUCACUUCCACGAGAUUAUCGACAAGGCUGGCGACGAGUACGACGUCGUCCCGAACUCGCAGUUCGUAGUCACUCGCACGGGCACCAAGAGCAACACAUCCAGCUACCACAUUGACACCAAGAGCGUCACUGCCAAGGAGGUCAUUGAGCUGCUGAGCGGCAAGGGCAUUGAUCUGGAGCACAACCGCUUCCUCAUUCUGCAGGGCGAGGUCGAGCAGAUUGCCAUGAUGAAGCCCAAGGCGCAGACAGAGCACGAGGAGGGCCUGCUCGAGUACCUCGAGGACAUUAUUGGCUCUGACAAGCACAAGGAGCCGAUUGCCGAGGCCAGCAAGAUUGCCGAGGAGCUCAACGAGGUGCGCGCCGAAAAGCUCAACCGCGUCAAGAUUGUCCAGAAGGAUCGCGAGGGUCUGGAGGGCGCCAAGAAUGACGCCGUCGCCUUCCUGCAGCUGGAGAACGAGCUGGCUCGCAAAAAGGCGGCUAUGGCGCAGAUUCAUCUCGCCGAGCUGACCGCCACCUCCGAAAGUCUGUCGGGCAACCGUGAAAAGCUGGAGGCAAAGCUUGCCGAGCAAAAGUCUGGCAUGGCCGAGAACGCCCAAGCGCUCAAGGCACUCGAGACGGAGAUUGCCAAGGAAGGCAAGGAGCACAGCGCCAUUCUCGAUGCAUGCAACAAGGCAAAGGCAGACUUUGUCGCCUUCGAGCGCAAGGACAUUUCUUGCCGCGAGGACAUCAAGCAUGCCCGCACCAAGGAGAAGAAGCUCGAGAGCGCCAUCCAAAAGGAGCAGCACGCAGUCAACUUGGCAGAAUCGUCGCUCGCCAGCUGCACGGCCGACAAGACCAAGCUUGAGAAGGAGCACGGCGACUUGCAAAAGUCCCACAAGGUGGAGGCCGCCAAGCUGGACGCCAUGUUUGACAGCAUCAAGGGCGAGACGGCGGGAUUCCAAGCCGAGCUGGAAGCCAAGCAGCAAGAGAUGGUUCCGCUCAGCAAGGCGGUCGGCGAGGCGCAGUCCAAGCACGACGUGUGCAAGACUGAAUUGGCCCUGCUCGACGGCAAGAGCGAGGCGGCCAAGGCUCAGCUGGAUGCCGCGCAAGAGCAGCUCACCGCGACCCAGUCGACGCUUUCGGAGCGCCAAGAGGCCCACAAGGCUCUGCUCAAGCGCCAGGUCGAGCUGACCAAGAAAAUCUCAGAGAGCGAGGCCUCCUUGGCCGGCGCUGGCAAAGAAACCGAGGCUGCCCUUCAACAGCAAGUGGCUGCCGCGCGCGCCAAGGUGGAGGAAGGCAAGGCUUCCAUUCUCAUGUCCCGCAGCCGCGGCAAGGUGCUGGACGGCAUUCUCGACCUCAAGCGUCGCAACAAGAUUGCCGGCAUCGAGGGCCGCUUGGGCGACCUCGGCACCAUUGACGCCAAGUACGAUGUCGCCGUCACAACCGCCUGCGGUGCUCUUGACAAUAUUGUCGUCGACAACCAGGAAAAUGCAGAGGCCUGCGUGAAGGCGCUGCGCGAGAACAACCUGGGCCGCGCCACGUUUGUCAUCCUGUCCGAACUCGGUCACCUCAACAAUGCCAUUGCCAGCAUCCCGUCGCAACCCACUCCCGAGGGCGCACCCCGCCUGUUUGAGCUCGUCAAGCCCCGCGACAAGAAGCUCAUCCCCGCCUUCUACCACGCCAUGCGCGACACGCUUGUCGCGAACGACCUGGAUCAGGCCAUGCGGAUUUCGACUGCUGGCAACAAGCGAUGGCGUGUUGUGACGCUCGGCGGUGAGCUGCUCGAUGUGGCCGGCACCAUGGGCGGUGGCGGUGCCCCGCAACGCGGCGGUAUGAUUACCUCUGCUUCUGCAAGCAAGAACGGUGCCUCCGCGGCUGCGCUGCCCCUUGCCGGCGAGUACACUCCCAAGCAGGUGGAGGCCUUUGAGGCAGAGCUGGAAAAGAAGACGCUCGAGCUCAAGCGCCACCGCGACGAGAUGCGCCGCCUUGAGCAGGCCCACGAGAGUCUGCUUUCUGGCGCCAAGUCCCUUGCUGCAGAGCUGGACAAGUGCACCAUGGAUGUGAGCGAGCUCACCAAGCAAUGCGACGAGCUCAAGCGCCAGAUCAAGGAGCUCACCGCAAAGAUUGCUGCUGGACCCGAGGACCCUCAGAAGCACAAGCAGCUGACCGCAGACCUUGGAAAGUUUGCCGCAGAGGUGGCUCGUGCCCAGCAGAAUGCCAGCAAGAUCCAGGUUGCCAUCGAUGCACUGCAGUCCAAGAUCAUGGAUGUCGGUGGUAUGCCCCUUCGUGUUCAACGUGCCAAGGUGCAGGGCUUGGUGGAGCAGAUUGACAUUGCCAGCAAGUCGCUCAACAAGCUGACCGUCACCAUCAAGUCCUCCACCAAGGCUGCUGAAAAGGCCGCCGAGAAGCUCAAGGAGGUCCAGCGCGAGCUUGAGGAGACUGGUGCCACCAUUCAGCGCAUCGGCGCCGAGCACGCGGCGAUGGAGAAGGAGGCUGUUGCUGUCCUGGCCAUCCAACAAGAAGCGACCGCUCUGCUCGAAGCCAAGGAGGCCACGCUCUCUGGACUCAAGAGCGAGUACGACGGUCUCAAGAAGCAGACGGACAAGGCGCGCGCCCUCGAAGUCGACCUGACCAACCAGAUCGAGGAUGCCACCAAGCAACUUCGCGACGCGACGGCUCGCAUUGAGCAGUACCAGCUAGAGCUUGCAAGCCUGACCCUGCACAACAUUGAAGCCGAGGGCAUGGGCGAAGAGUCAGCCGAGCAGCCUGCAGCUGCCGCUCCAGCAGUCGCGUCCGAGGUCGCCGACGCUGCAGACAAGGACGAAGAGUCUGCUGGUAAUCGUGCCGCCGCCAAGAAGAAGGGCAAGAAGGGUUCCGCCGCCGCUGCCGCCACUGGCGUUGCCGUCUCGGCGGCCUCUCUCAACCCGCAACUGGCACUGACCCCCGAGCAGCUCGCGACAAUGGACCGGGCGAGCCUUCGUGCCGAAAUUGCCCUCAUUUCCGAGCGACUUGCCAAACUCUCGCCCAACAUUUCGGCCAUCCGCGAAUACCGCAAAAAGGAAGCCGAGUACCUUGCGCGCGCGGCAGAGCUUGAGGCUGUGACUGACAGCCGAGACGCUGCUCGCGGCCGUCUGGAUGCGCUUCGCAAGAAGCGUCUCGACGAGUUUAUGGCUGGCUUUAGCGUGAUUACCAUGAAGCUCAAGGAAAUGUACCAGAUGAUUACGCUGGGCGGCGACGCCGAGCUCGAGCUGGUCGACAGUCUUGAUCCCUUCUCUGAGGGCAUUGUCUUUAGCGUGCGUCCUCCCAAAAAGUCAUGGAAGAACAUUUCCAACCUUUCUGGCGGUGAAAAGACCCUUUCCUCGCUCGCCCUCGUGUUUGCGCUGCACCACUACAAGCCCACACCCCUGUACGUCAUGGACGAGAUCGAUGCCGCCCUGGACUUUAAGAAUGUGUCGAUUGUUGCCAACUACAUCAAGGAGCGCACCAAGAACGCGCAGUUUAUCAUUAUCAGCUUGCGCAACAACAUGUUCGAGCUGGCAGACCGCCUUGUUGGCAUCUACAAGACGGAGAACUGCACCAAGAGCGUUACCAUCAACCCCGUCAUGGUUGCCAAUGCUGCCCUGGCGCAACAACAGCAACCCAUGACCGUGUAAGGUUGUGGGCCGGCUUCUUUGCGUUUGUUAACUGAGCUUGUAGUAUUUUUGUUUGUGGUUUUGUGUUUUGUGUUUGCGUUUAAAUCUUCGGAUGAUGUUGAAUUGUUGAUACCGCAUGAUAAACAAUGAAAGUUGAC